GUCCCACCUGGAUCGAGGGUUCGGUUGAUCCAGAAGUCGUGAACCGAGCAAACCAGUUCGAUAGGUGCCAGCCGUGGCGAGCAGAUCGAGCCGGCGGCCGCCAGUCCGAAUACACGCCGAGAAGUUCACGUUCUCCAAUCCUGUCGCGGUUCUUGUCGCGGAUCCGACUGUCGCGGGUGCCCCGAGAUCGAUUAAAGGGCGUUCUCCAAGCCCAAGGAGGUUGCCGGAUCACAGAUGAGACGGGGAGGCGCCGGGCGCAAAGACACCACUCGACAGGCUUUGACCACGUGGCCGCAGGUGCCCGUUGCGAUCGAGAGUGCCAGAUCUGGGUGACUGACGUUCCAGGUGAUCUCAAGGUGAUCUCGUGGAACGUUCCGAAAAUCUGAUUCGGAAGCUCAAGAUACCGUUUAUCCGAAGACGACGAUGUAUCGUCGCGAGGUCUAAGGAGAACUAUAGAGUAGAGACAGAAGCAGAAGCAACAGCAGCUCGGUGGUGUCAGUCAAGAUGUGCGACCGGCGAAAACAGGCUUGGUCGGCCGUUUUCAUCAGCAAUGUGUUGAUCCACACCGUUGUUAUCGCCAGUCCGAUCUAUGUUCCUCAAUUUCUACCCGGAAGCACGGGCAGAAACAUCAGGCACUUGCCCUGCGUAUCACGCAGGAGCGGCGAGACCGGUGUAUGUAUGUUUGCGUUUACCUGCGCGAAGGCUAAUGGCACGCAUCUCGGCACCUGCAUCGAUCGCUUCUACUUCGGUAGCUGCUGCAAGAUCGACGACGAGCCGGACAUCUUCCCGCAGGACAACAGCAUCGACGAUGGGCCGCCGCUGCCGCCAAGGCCGUUCAUCACGACCCGCAAGCCCAUCCCGAGCAGCAGCAUACCGGAGUACUUUGCGAGGCCGAAGCCGACAGAUGAGAGAAAACCAGCAGAGGCUCCUCAAACCACGACAAUGCCUGUAAUCUCGAGCACGCAAAGUACGCAAACUACGCAAACUUUAGCAAGUACAUCGAGAAACACGACAAAAUUGGCGACGAAAAAGCCAACAAUCACGACAGUCGAAAUGACUACGCAGACUACUCGUCUCACCACCUUCCAAACCGUGCAAAGCGCCGCUGGAUCCAGCACGGAAGCUACGUUGUCGAAGAGCACUAUCAGUACCGUAACUAGACCGGCAAGUACGUCCCCUAGUACGACAAGGCAACCUACAAAACCGCACACUUCGGCUUCCAUUCUGCGACCUAGCAGCGAAAACGCGACGAAAUUGCCGAUCACUACGACGGCGUCGAAAGCGACCACGAGGAAACCUACUGUCUCCACAAUACCGGUGCAAAGACCGACAGUACAGACCUCUCAGAAGCCGCUCGUUUCGACCACUCAUAGGCCGAUCCUUCAAUCGACUACGACGAAGAAUGUUCUCACGACUACGCAGCAAGUGGCACCUUCGACUAGAUUUCCGCCGAGGAACACGACGUCGCCUAAACCGUUGAUUCAGACAACUAUCAAAAAGCCCAUUAGCACUGUUACCAGCACCAAGAGACCUGCCACCACCAUUAAUACCGUGAUAACAAAACGCCCGUUGACGACCACGAAGAAACCUACUAUUUCGACAAAAAUACCGUCGAGUCCUUCGAGGCCUCCCACAAACUCUAGCCUCGGUACUACUCUACCGGUGACGAGCAGGCCGCUCUCGACCUCCGGCUCGUAUAGCACGAAUGUUACGGAAAGUACUUUAGCUUCCACUGGAACCAGACCGUCGAGUAUCGCAAUAUCAACAGCUACAAGCGCGACUAGUCAAAAUCAAAAGAUUUCUGCUACGACAAAGCGCCCAAAUCAGACAGUAACUACCGCGAGAAUAACGACCCCGAGGACGACGCCAAAGACAACGUCAACGAAAACAUCGACAAUCAGAACAACCACCGUCAGACCGACGACGACGACAACUAAAACAACAAUCGAUGACAAAACAACGACGUUUAGACCGUCACUGUCUACUACGAGGCCGAAACCUACUAGGAUUGCCAGCACAACAACUAAGACCACUAGACCCGAACACGAAAAUAGCACUGUGACGACUACAGAAAGAACGAAGCCGUCAUUGUCAUCGACCGUCGGAUCAACGGUUAGUGCUACAAGGCCCAAACCCACCACGACGAAACCAGUGACUAAACCUUUAACAAAGAUUCCGGUAAAUACAUCAUCCAGCAUCGUAGAAGUCACCACGAGCAUCUCGAGUUCCAUAUCCACGUUUACCGUUAGGAACGAAAGCACCUCGACCUACGUACCUCCCACCAAGGGUCAAAAUGUUAAUCACACCCUCGAGGAGAUCCCGUUGACUACCUACUCUCCGGGCUUGGUGACGUGGAGUUCGAACUCUGAUGAAGUCACCGUAAAGACGCCCGAGACGUCCUCGUCAACGUCGACAGAGGCUACAUCAUCAGAACAAGCGGAAACUGAUUGGUCGCCGAUAACGACUCCGGAUGGCUGGAUAAUGAUUCAAUCGCCCUCCACCGAAAAGUUACCGCAGACUCAAGAGUCGACGACCGAACCGGUUGCGGAAUCCACUGUACAGUCUUUGACUUCUGCCAAACCGAUAACGGAGAGCACUAUCAGUCCCGAUAUCACGACAAAACCGAUGAUGACCACUUUGCCGUCAACGAUCACCGGUAUUACGAUCGACACGGAACUUCCGGUACCGAUGGAGACUCUCAAUAUGUCAGACUACAAACAAGUGUGCGGGCGAAGGCUGUUUCCGGAGCCCAGAAUUGUCGGUGGUGAUCGAAGCUCCUUCGGAAAAUGGCCCUGGCAGAUCUCGUUACGUCAAUGGCGAUCGCAGACGUAUCUGCACAAAUGCGGCGCGGCUUUGUUGAACGAAAACUGGGCUAUUACCGCGGCGCAUUGCGUCGAAAGUGUACCACCCAGCGAUCUGUUGUUAAGGAUCGGCGAGCACGACCUGGCGAACGAAGACGAGCCGUACGGGUAUCAGGAAAGAAGAGUGCAAAUUGUAGCGAGUCACCCGCAGUUCGACGCGCGGACCUUCGAGUACGAUCUCGCCCUUCUGAGAUUCUACGAGCCUCUUCUACCCUUCCAGCCGAACGUCUUGCCGAUCUGCUUGCCCGACGACGAUGAAACUUACGUUGGUCGCACCGCCUAUGUUACUGGCUGGGGCAGACUUUAUGACGAGGGACCACUACCGUCCGUAUUGCAGCAAGUUGCAGUACCAGUCAUUAAUAACACUGUAUGCGAAUCGAUGUAUAGAAACGCGGGUUACAUCGAGCACAUUCCGCACAUUUUUAUCUGUGCUGGUUGGAGAAACGGUGGAUUUGACUCUUGCGAGGGUGACAGUGGUGGUCCGAUGGUUAUCCAAAGGGCGCGAGACAAGCGAUGGAUCUUAGCCGGAAUCAUCAGCUGGGGAAUUGGUUGCGCCGCGCCUAAUCAGCCUGGCGUUUACACGCGCAUCUCGGAGUUUCGCGAAUGGAUUAAUCAGAUUUUGCAAUUCUGAAUCCCGUCGGCGGAAGCUUGAAAUUCGCGCUCUCGUGCCGCGCCGACUCCUUCAGACAUUCUAGACGACCGCCAAGCGGACAAACGGCACCAUCUGGUGCCGGAGCUGUGAGCCAAGUGCAAUUUAGUGCAAAAAAAAAAAGGGAAAAGAAAUAAGAGAUUCAGCGGAAAUUCUGCGGCGAUCUGUGUGCGCGUUGCGAACUCGGACGAUGUAUGGCGCCACUGAUUCGACUCUCGCGAGUAAAGUUUUCCGCUCGAAUCUCUAAUCGAGGACUACUCUUAAAGGGGUAUCUAUGAAUGUACGUUUAGAAUCUGAUGAAUCAAGUCAUUUGACAAAAACAUGAAUCUAAAAAGAAUAAUAAAAAAUGCGCCGAGCGCAUUAAUUGCACGUAGAGACGAGAAAACUGAAAGAAACACUCGCAAAAAGACGAAACCUAAGCCUUUUUUUUAUCUCUGAUAUAGAAAUGAUGUCAUUGUGACGAGAAGAUUUUAUAUCUUUUUAUCAUAUAUGUCAGAUCCUUUUUUCGAAUAAAAAUUCGACGAUAAAUUUAUUUAGUGGAACAGAAAAUGGUACCGCUCUUUGUGGUACUUUACUUAUCGAAUUUAUCAGCCUUUGAUUACGAAUGGAUAAAAAAUGAAACUUUUAUGUCUCUUAACUUUCUAAAUAUAUAUAUUUCAUAUAUAGAAAAAUUGCAAUGUCUAUGCAAGAUAAUCCAUAUAUAAGGAUAUCUUAGCUCCUGCCUAUUUAUUUAUAAUUUAUCAAAAUAUAUGCAACAGAGAACAAAAAUAUCUCAAAAUUACUAAAUAACAAUAAUCGAUUUUACAUUUAUCAGAUGACUUAAAUUUUAUUCGAUUGUUUUAGCUCUCAUAAAUUAUUUAUCAAUUCACUUCUGUAAACAAUUUAUAAUAAUCGGAUUUUAAUUUUUAUUUAAAAUUUAACAUUUUACAAUUUAAAAUUACACACUGCCAACAUUAAUCAUGUCGUUCCUUUUUUUCUCUCUCUCUCUCUCUCUCUCUCAUUCUCUCUCUCUCCCUCUCGUGAAUCUUAUAGAUUUCCAUAAUAAUUCUCCAAACGAAUUCCGAUGGGAAUUUCAAUGCAUUCGUCGAACCUCCAUGAAUAUCCAGUUAUCUCAAUUGAUCCUCGGGAGAACCGUAGGAAAAUGCAUUUUCUACAAUCUUCCAUGAAUUCUGUCUCUCUUUCUCUUUCUCUCAACAAUGAAAGCACUUUACUUCGUAGUUACUUGAGUUUAAUCUCAAGCAGAAACGAACUGACAAUGCUACGGUAAAGGUAAAAAUGCUCAUUAAUUUCAAUAACUCGUUCAUAAACGAUCGAACAACUCAUUAUGUACAUUUCGAUCUUGAAAAUGUAAUUAUAAGUUCGAUUGCAAAUCAAGAAUAGAAAGAGAAUAAGCGUAUCGCGGUACAUGGAGAGAUAUUAUUUAAUUUAAUUUAUAAAAAAAAUAAAAAUAUAGAAAGAAGAUUAUAGUAGAUUAUAUAUUAUAUAUGCUUAUAAAUACGUAUAUACAACGAGACACCUAUAUGUGUGCAAUUUAUUCGCUCAUGUUUCAGAGAUGAGAUUUAUAUACAUAUUCCGUAGCAUAUUUUUAAAUGACAUUUGUCAACGUACGCAUUUUAAUUAUUUAAAAACAUCGCUCACGAUUACGUCAACAAUUUAACGCGAUCCUACCGAUUUUACUCGAAACAUAUAAAAUUACAUCAAUCUCGUUAUCCCAAGCGUUAUGUUUUUUGUUAAUUAAAAUGUAUCAACAAAUGUCGCAGUGCGCGACACUGCAAUCAGAAUAAUACAAUUUUGUAAAUAUUUGGUGUCGAUCGUGGAUUGUGGUAUAAUGUGAUGUAGUGUAUGUGUGUUGUGUGUGUGUGUGUGCGUGCGUAUGUGAUAUGAUGUGGUUGCGCGAGGCGCUCUUUCGUCCACCUAUCCGCUUUUCAUCUACUGUCAUUAUCCGUCCUCUUUUAUAUUUAAUUGACGAGCGUUAAAAAGCGAUCAUCCGCAAUCAUAAAAGCUCGAACUCGAGUGGAUUGUAUCCCUCGCUUCCCCUUUUCUCUCUCUCUCUCUCUCUCUCUCUCUCUCUCUCUCUCUCUCUCUCUACUGACGCUGCGUAUUUAUCGCGUUUUAUUCUCCCCGUUUCGUCCCCUCCUUCCCCUCCAUCGCCACCCUACAUCUCUGCAAACAAUAGCGUGGGUGUUUGAUAUUUGCGCAGUGAGGGAGUCGAUGCGUUUUCGAACAUCGCCUACGUCACGUCGUAAAACGCCCACCUCCCUUGGUUAGCUGUGCGCCAGCGUAAACGGUUUGAAAUUUCACAAAAUUGAGUUCGCCGCUUUAAUGAGACACCGGGAGUACUUAACAAACUCAUAACGAGACGAGAUCGCGAUACAAUGCCGCAAGUGUUGCACAAAACUUUUUGACAUCAUUAAAACAUACGUUAUACAAAAAUA